CUCCUGGACCAAGGUGACGGGUACAAGAAACGGAAAUGGGGGUUUUCUCAGGACGGGGUUAGUCCAAGUCCGGACUUGAAAACGGUGACCCGGUCGGUGGGCGUCCCCUUCGCUGGACUGCGGGGGCCCAGCAGCGACUGCUGGCCGCAUCUCCGCUCCGUCCGAGGCUCCGCCAACCUCCUUCCUGUCUUAGGUCUUUCACGGUUUGUGCCUGGUGUCCAAGUCAUGGCAAACUUCCUUCACUUGGUGCGUGACCACUGGGUGCAUCUGCUUGUCCCUCUGGGCUUUGUCUUCGGAUGCUACCUGGACAGGAGGAGCGAUGAAAAGCUCACAGCUUUCCGGAACAAGAGCAUGCUGUUUAAAAGGGAGUUGAGGCCAAAUGAAGAAGUUACCUGGAAAUAAAGUCACAGGAGGUUCACUUUUUGCAAGUUGCAGGAGAAAUAAAACCAUGUUUAUUAUUAUUUGAUUGAA